UCCAAAUUAAAAUGAUGGAAAUUCCUAAGGUUAAUUUAGUUAUUGGUGUGUCUCUCUUACUCUUUUAUGUGGUCGUUAGUGAUAAUCAAACGAACCAUGAAAUCAAAAGGAAAGUUCCUACAGGCCCAAACCCAGCACAAUCUCCAGAUCCGAUUCCAAUCAUAGCAAAGUCGAAUCAUUACAAUUUCAUACAUGAAAUCAAAAGGAAAGUUCCUACAGGUCCAAACCCAGCACAAUCUCCCGACCCAAUUCCCAUAAUGGCUAGGUCAAACGGUUAUAAAUUUGACCAUGAAGUCAAAAGGAAAGUUCCUACAGGUCCAAACCCAGCUCAAUCGCCAGAUCCAAUUCCAAUCGUCGCAAGGUCGAAUCAUUACAAUCACAUUCACGAAAUCAAAAGGAAAGUUCCUACAGGUCCAAACCCAGCACAAUCUCCUGAUCCAAUUCCCAUAAUGGCUAGGUCAAACAGUUAUAAAUUUGACCAUGAAGUCAAAAGGAAAGUUCCUACAGGUCCAAACCCAGCUCAAUCGCCAGAUCCAAUUCCAAUCGUGGCUAGGUCAAAUCAUUACAAUCUCAUUCACGAAAUCAAAAGGAAAGUUCCUACAGGUCCAAACCCAGCACAAUCUCCCGAUCCAAUUCCCAUAAUGGCUAGGUCAAACGGUUAUACAUUUGACCAUGAAGUAAAAAGAAAAGUUCCUACAGGUCCAAACCCAGCUCAAUCGCCAGAUCCAAUUCCAAUCGUGGCAAGGUCGAAUCAUUACAAUUUCAUUCACGAAAUCAAAAGGAAAGUUCCUACAGGUCCAAACCCAGCACAAUCUCCAGAUCCGAUUCCAGUCGUGGCAAAGUCGAAUGAUAACAAUUUCAUUCACGAAUCCAAAAGGCGAGUUCCUACAGGUCCAAACCCAGCACAAUCUCCCGAUCCAAUUCCCAUAAUGGCUAGAUCAAACGGUUAUAAAUUUGACCAUGAAGUCAAAAGGAAAGUUCCUACAGGUCCAAACCCAGCUCAAUCGCCAGAUCCAAUUCCAAUCGUGGCAAAGUCGAAUCAUUACAAUCUCAUACACGAAAUCAAAAGGAAAGUUCCUACAGGUCCAAACCCAGCUCAAUCGCCAGAUCCAAUUCCAAUCGUCGCAAGGUCAAAUCAUUACAAUCUCAUUCACGAAAUCAAAAGGAAAGUUCCUACAGGUCCAAACCCAGCACAAUCUCCUGAUCCAAUUCCCAUAAUGGCUAGGUCAAACGGUUAUACAUUUGACCAUGAAGUAAAAAGAAAAGUUCCUACAGGUCCAAACCCAGCUCAAUCGCCAGAUCCAAUUCCAAUCGUGGCAAAGUCGAAUCAUUACAAUCUCAUACACGAAAUCAAAAGGAAAGUUCCUACAGGUCCAAACCCAGCACAAUCUCCUGAUCCAAUUCCCAUAAUGGCUAGGUCAAACGGUUAUAUAUUUGACCAUGAAGUCAAAAGGAAAGUUCCUACAGGUCCAAACCCAGCUCAAUCUCCAGAUCCAAUUCCAAUCGUGGCUAGGUCAAAUCAUUUCAAUCUCUUUCACGAAAUCAAAAGGAAAGUUCCUACAGGUCCAAACCCAGCACAAUCUCCUGAUCCAAUUCCCAUAAUGGCUAGGUCAAACGGUUAUACAUUUGACCAUGAAGUAAAAAGAAAAGUUCCUACAGGUCCAAACCCAGCUCAAUCGCCAGAUCCAAUUCCAAUUGUGGCAAGGUCAAAUCAUUUCAACUUCAUUCACGAAGUUAAAAAAUAUUAAAACAUGAUGUAUUUAAAUCAAGUCUACUUUACAUCCUCAUCUAGUGAUUCUCCGUCGUGGAUACUUAAACAUUAAAAAAAUUAUAAACAAAUAAUAUGUGUCUGCCAAAGCUACUUAGACACUUAAAUAAGAAAUUCAAGUAUGAAUACUCUAUUAGUAAAAUAAAUCACAUGUUCCCUUUUA